AUGGAAUUGGGACGAUUGACGCACGAUAGAUGCAAUGCAAAAUUCACUGUUAGAUUAGGCUACACCUUGCGCAAAUGCCCUGUUUGUGGAGUGUGCUUCGACGUUAGAUAUCGUUUAUCCGAUUCGUCUAUCAAAUGUGAAGCUUUGCCGUGCCCAUUUCGAAAGCAAAACUCUAUCACUUGCGCCAUAGUGAUAAAACCCACUUAUAGAACAUUUCUUGAGUACAAGAUGGGAGAUGACCUGCACAUUGGUAUAUCCGAUUCGCAUUCGACUGUGCAUUCAUUCUGGCUGAAUGGAAUCUCGUCAGAAAACACAGGAUGGGAUGGGUCGAUAGUUCUCUGUCAGUUCAACCACGAUAAAAGGUUUGAACAAAUACUCAUGUAUUUUAUAUAUGCUUACUCUAGGAGGUUUCGUGGCCAGUCAUAUGACGAUAUGAUGUGGAAUUGCUUCGAUUUUGUCAUUGAAUUCAUGCGAUUUAUGGAUUUUGUCUACCUCACAAAGGCAAAUUUUGUAUCAGAGUUUGUGGAGAAGGAAUUGCGUACUGCUAUCCAUAGUAGGAAAGCUCUGCCUUUGAUAUGUGGUUCUGAUUGGAAUGUUGUCCCAGGAUUUUUGCGACACAUACGCACAUACAGUAGCUGUAGAUGGAUGAUCGGUGCCUGAUAGCACAAGCACUACCAAAAACGACGGAAUAAGUUCAAGAUAGAAAAUAAUGUUUUCAGAAUGGUUUUUAUUAUUCUAUGUCACUUUAUACAUCUAUCUCAAGAUUAGUCUUUCAGUAUCUCAAAAUUAGUCUUUCAGCCUAC